UGAAAAAUCCUCUUUUGUUUGAUCAGGCGAAGUUUCUUACCAUUUUACCAACUAAACUACUCUAACACCGCACACUAAACCAUACUCAACCCCACACAUAAACCCCAGAAGUAACACAACAAAAAAGCAAAAAAAAAAAAAAACCCAUUCUCCUCAUCAAAUUGCAAAAUGUCGUCGUCUUUCUCCUACCCGGACUUCUCAAACGUGGUAGUCCUCGACAACGGCGGCGGCCUCAUAAAAGCCGGACUAGGCGGCGAACGCAACCCCUCCACCGUCCUCCCCAACUGCCUCCUCCGCCCCAUCUCCUCCAAAAAAUGGAUCACCCCUCCACCCGCCACCACCAACCCCAACUCCGACCCCCUGGACCUCACAUCCGCCGCCGUCCGCCGCCCACUCGACCGUGGCUACCUAAUAAACCCAGACCUGCAACGCGACAUAUGGGCCCACCUCUUCACCACACUCCUCCGCGUCACCCCUUCUCACUCCUCCCUCCUCUUGACCGAACCCCUCUUCACUCUCCCCUCCAUCCAACGCGCCACCGACGAAAUCGUCUUCGAAGACUUCAACUUCAAGUCCCUCUACGUGGCCGACUCCCCUUCCUUGGCCCAUCUCUACGAGGCCAGUCGAUCUGGGCCCACGGGCCGGCUCGUCUCCAGGGCCCAAUGUAGCCUCGUUGUCGACUGUGGCUUCUCCUUCACUCACGCCGCACCUGUGUUCCAAAACUUCACGCUCAACUACGCCGUGAAACGAAUCGACCUCGGUGGUAAAGCCCUCACUAAUUACCUUAAAGAGCUCGUGUCUUACAGGGCUGUUAAUGUUAUGGACGAGACUUUCUUGAUCGACGACGUUAAAGAAAACCUCUGCUUUGUCUCCCUCGAUGUCCCACGUGACCUCCACAUCGCAAGGAAGACUGGGAGAGACAAUUUGUACAGGUGCACGUAUGUGCUUCCAGAUGGAGUAACUCACACCAAGGGCUUUGUUAAGGACCCGGAACAAGCAAAAAGAUACUUGUCUGUGACACACGGGGACACACCUUCACAAUUAGAGGCUAAUAAGAAGGAAAUGGAUCAAAUUGAAGUUACAGAGAGGAGUGAGAACCGGAAGAGAGAAGUUGAUUUCUCAAAAAAUGAGUUUGACUUGACAAAUGAGCGGUUCCUUGUCCCCGAGAUGCUCUUUCGUCCUGCAGAUCUAGGAAUGAACCAAGCUGGACUAGCAGAGUGCAUUGUUCGAGCUAUCAAUGCUUGCCAUCCUCAUCUUCACCCUGUACUCUAUGAAAGCAUUAUUUUGACUGGUGGAUGCACGUUAUUUCCUCGAUUUGCUGAGAGACUAGAGAGGGAGCUCCGGCCUCUUGUCGCUGAUGACUAUCAAGUGAACAUAACAACUCAAGAAGAUCCCAUACUAGGUGUCUGGAGAGGGGGGUCGCUGUUGGCAUCUAGUCCUGAUUUUGAAGCGAUGUGUGUCACUAAAGCUGAGUAUGAGGAGCUUGGAUCUGCUAGGUGUCGGAGGAGAUUCUUCCAUUGAAUAUUUGAAAUCUUGAAGCUUCUUGGCAAGUGAAUGAUGGGAAAAUGCACUCCACUUAUCAGCUAUUCUUGUUAUUGCUGCAUCAAAGAAAGGUGUAAGUCAGCAACCCGAAUGAGGUUGUUCUAUUCAUUGGCAUGAUAUGGUGAUGGGCAGCAUUCUGGCUUCUUGGAUCUUUCAGCCAAAGGAUGCCCUUGGGUUGCUAUCCCACCGAUAAAGAAGUUAGUCCAAUACAUUCAAGUCCUGAGCUAGCCAUAGCUUUUGUGCAGAACUUUCUCUAUUCAAGAAGAAAGUGCAGGUUGUCAAUGCUGGAUCCAUGCUCUUGCAUAUUCCUAUUUUUGAUUAGGAAGAGAUCUAGAGAUGGUGAAUCAAAUCCUGGUUUGCAGUGUGCUCCUUUAUGUUCUGAGUCUGGCGUCAAAUUUGGGCUUGCUGCAGUUCAUACAUUACAAUUUCUCAAAUCAAAAGCCUUGCAUUCUAAAAAUGUUCAUUUGACCUAAUUUAUUGUCUCCAAUUAUUUGCAUGACAAUUAUUCAUUCGUGCUGUUUGCUGUAAUUAUAAGAUGCAUCUAUUUUGUGC